UCAAUUUCAUUAGCAACAACUCUGCAAAAAUAGGAGAGGCGAAAGAUAUUGAAUGCAUUAUUGAGGGCGAUGCCUUAAACGGUGGGGCAAAAAUAACUCGAAGAAUGGAUGGCUUGGUGUGUACAAUUAACAGCCAAGCCAUUGGCAAUUGCUCGAAUUCAUCGGGAUAUGCAGUGUCCGGUAUAGUUGACAGCACCAGCUUAAGGGUAUCACUAUUGAUCAGGAGCGUAGCAUGCAGCGACGAAGGGGAGUAUGAUUGCCAUUCGGUUAACAGACCGGACGCAUUUGCUACUACGUUCCUUGCAUUAACAGCUGACGUUGGUAAUCUAACGCUUACCAUGCCAUCAAAAGCUAUCGAAAAACAACAAAUGCCAUACGAAGACAUUCUGAAGUGUGAAGGCAACAUGGGUUACCCUGCCCAGGAACUUACGUUGGAGGUUUACGACAACAUUACGGAAAGCUACAGAGCGUUUUCGUGGCCUUCUGGAUCGAGCAAUUCUCAAACAGAGAAAGCUGGAUGUUUGACGACAGCACUCUUUUCCUAUCACAAUCUUAUUUUCAGUUUGUCUGAUAGCGGCAAAUUAUUCCGAUGCUCCGCAUAUGAUCGAUCGCCGACGCCUAGAUUCAUUACAUCAACAUCACCGCAAUCGUUGAAUGUACUAGCAAAUACAUGCAAUUCGACCGGGGACUAUUGGGAAGGAUCUCCGUCAAGUUGUCAACUGUAUGCUAGAUGUGCCAGUGGCGUCAAGUAUAUUUACGAUUGUGGUGCUGGCAGUUGUCACAGUAUUGUGGACAAUUCUUUUCGAUCGUGCACAGCAGCCAACUGUAACAACUGUACGCCAAAUUAACGUACAGAACAUUUGCUGGUAGUGUUUCGUUACUGUUAAACAAGUUUAAAUCUUAUGCGGUGAAUGCUUGUUGUUCAUGUCGUUUUAUUUUUAUUGUGUUGGAUUCGAUCUAUUUUAUGUGCGUGUACGUUGUAAAUAUUGUAUGUCUUUUCUAGUUAUUCAAAACAUAAGUUUUAACUAGAACUCGUACCAUUUAUUUUAUGUUGUAUAUAACUAUUUAUAAACACUAUGAAACACGUCAAAAUUGCACUUCAUUGCAGAUACAAGUCGGAGCAAUUCCUCAAUACAACACAUUAAAUCAUUUUACAUAUAAUUUUUUUCAUUACAUUGUUUUUUCUUGUAAUGACGUUAUAAAUUGUUAUUGUACACAAAAGUUCAUCAAAUAUGUAUUGGUCGGCUUAAGUCCUUGUUAUUUAAAUAAAUAACAUAUUCUUGAA